UAUAUAUACGGAUUAGCACAUUGAUGAUAUUGUAUAUACGUACGUGGCGGCACAUUAAUUGCUUCAAUAUAAUAUACUACGUACUUAAAAAAAUCCAACGGUUUUGGAUCCGAUGGCGGCAGUGGACGUGGAGUAUGUGAAGGAAAUAGAGAAGGCGAGAAGGGAUCUUCGAGCUCUCAUCUACUCCAAACAAUGUGCUCCUCUUAUGCUUCGUUUGGCGUGGCAUGACGCAGGGACGUAUGAUGCAAAAACAAAGACAGGAGGCCCUAAUGGAUCCAUUAGAAACGAGACUGAAUACAAUCAUAGUGCAAACGCUGGACUGAAAACUGCCAUUGAUCUUUGCGAAUCAGUAAAAACCAAGCAUCCAAAAAUUACAUAUGCCGACCUCUUUCAGCUUGCAGGGAUUGUAGCUGUAGAGAUCACGGGAGGUCCCUCCAUCGAUUUUGUUCCCGGUAGAAAGGACUCAUUGGAAUCUCCCGAAGAAGGGCGGCUUCCUGAUGCCAAACAAGGUCAAUCUCACUUGAGAGAUGUCUUCUAUAGGAUGGGCUUAUCGGACAAGGACAUUGUUGCAUUGUCUGGAGGACAUACAUUGGGAAAAGCACACCGUGAGCGGUCAGGCUUUGAUGGCGCAUGGACAGAACAUCCUUGGAAAUUUGAUAAUUCUUACUUUGUGGAGCUUCUUAAAAGGGAAGAGUCAUCACAAGGAGGCCGCCUAUUGAAACUGCCCACUGAUAAAGCUCUCGUAGACGACCCUAAGUUUUGCAGUUUUGUGAAACUCUACGCAAAUGACGAAGAUGCAUUUUUUAAUGACUAUGCCGAGUCUCACAAAAAGUUGUCGGAGCUCGGCUUCACCGCCCCACCACCACCCCUUAAAUCUUCUAAAAAAGUAUUAUAUGGUAAGAGCAAAAGAAGAGUAGCAGGGAGAGUUGUUUUUUCUGUUGCAGUUGCAGUUGUGAUCCUAAGUUACAUAUACCAAGCUAUCCAUGGAAAGUUCGAGUAGAAAUUAUAGACAAUAAGUCAUGAUCAUAAAGUUGUCAAAAUCCAUUCCUAUUUCCACUCUUUUCAAACUCAAAUUGUAUCCCACUACUACAUACAGUGUGCGCUCGGUAUCCCACUACUACAUACAUUAAUACAUACAUACAAAAUGACGUCACUUCUUUAGACUCUUUAGACAAGUAGUACUUCGUAUAACAGAAAAAAGUCGAUCAGUCACAUGCAAUGUACUACUGUGAAUAAACAAAUUGAUGCAAAUGAUGUUAUGUUCGGUAUAAAUACAUUUAUAUGUGGUGUAAAAUCUGUAAAUACAUGUAAACUAUAUUGUGG